AUGUUAAGGAAUAACAAGAGGUUGAUUUUUAAAUACUUUCUUAAUCUCAUUAAUGGAGCUUUCUUGGUUCUGGGACUUUUACUCAUGGGAUUUGGUACAUGGCUUUUAUUAGAUGGAAAUAAUUUUUUCACAGCUUUGGAUGAAAAUAAUCACUUGACAAUGUAUAUUUUUCGAAUUUUGAUUGGAACUGGAUCUGCUAUUCUUCUUCUUUGUCUCUUGGGUUAUUUGGGAAUUCAUAAUGAGAUCAGGUGGCUCCUAAUUCUGUAUGCAGUAUUGUUAAUGUGGGCUGUUGGUGUCCAGGUUGUACUUUCAACACUCAUCUUUGCAAAGAAAGAAGAGGUUCACCAAGCAUGGCAUAAUAAAAUUGAUUCCAUCAUUUCUGAGUAUGGAUCUGAGGAUUUUCCUCAAGAUAUACCCAAGUGGAUGAUUCUGAAUGCUCUGCAGAAAACAUUUCAGUGUUGUGGCCAAAAAAAUUACACAGAUUGGACCAAGAAUAAGAAUAAAGAAAAUUCAGAACAGGUGCCAUGUUCUUGCACAAAUUCUACAUUAAGAAAGUGGUUUUGUAAUGAGCCACUGAAUGCAACAUACCUACAGGGUUGUGAAAAUAAAAUCAACACAUGGUAUCAUGCUAAUGCUUUGACAUUAAUUGGAAUUAACUUUGGACUUUUGGUUUCAGAGGUUUUGCAAUUCUCAUUAACUAUUUCUUUCUUCAGACACAUCAAGAAUAGAAUAUAUGCAGAAAAGUGA